AUGUGGGACAGGGAGUCACGAUGUGAUGGUACAGCUAUUGCUACCGCAAAGCAACAGGGAAGGAUGAUGGAACUAGUUUCAGAGAAGAGAUUGGAUGCUGGGACUGAGAGGGCAGUGGGGAACGGAGCAGCUGAAAAGGAGGCUGAGAGAGAAGACAGACCGGAAAAACUGCUAGCAAGUCUCUAUGUCAUACUCAUUAAUGAAACUGCUGUACCUCUCACCACAGGUGUCUCUCCUGCAGGCAGCACAUACCUCUCCACGCACGCAGGCUCCGUCCCUGCCACGGGACUCGGCAACCCGCCACACAGCAGCACUGCUGCCCACACCACACGCACUCCCAUUGCCUUCCAGAAUGCUUCCUCAGAUGAUUACAAUUCAACAUCCUUGCACAGCACCAUCUCACCAGUCAGCAUGCCAGCAAACACUGGGAUCAACCCCACUCACACAAUAGAUGCUAUUGACUACAGCAUAAGUAGUGUAGAUGCUGAGAAUAAUAUGGCUGGUGUUACACUGAAAAAUCUCGUAAAAAACAGAAACUAUAGUAUUUUGGAGGCUAAGAUGAACUUCAUUGUGCAUUCCAUCACCCAUGAAAUAGAACUUCAGAGAUGCAUGAGAUACACAGUGAGAACUGAAAAAUGCCCAGACAAUUGUCUUAUUAUUCCACCUGGCAGCAGACCAAAUCCUUUCAAUGUUAUGAAUAUAACCAACACAUCUGCAAAGAUAUGUUGGGAGCACUCGCUUUCCUGCGCUAAUGUGACGGUUAGCUGCAAUGGUUUUCAAUCUACAGCAUUAAAUAAAGAUUGUGAAGAACCAAACACUUUAUCACCCAACCGUAUGUACGACUGCAGGGGUACCGUGCGUUUUCUUGAAAUGGAGGUUGUCAACCAAAGAUUCAACAUAACAACAGAUUAUGGUGCUCCAGAAACACCAGAGAAACUUGAAGUAGUUCCUAGUGCCAGAAAUGUAUCAGUUAGAUGGAGUAAACCUAGCAAUGAUUCAAAGGGUCCUACAGAUGGCUAUAUUGUGAAAUGCAAUGACAAAGAGGAAGAAUUUGUUCAUAUGACUGACUUUAUUUGCCAUGACUUAGAACCUUACACCAAAGGUUUUGUGUCUGUGACUCCAUAUACGAACAGCAGAUACAGUAAUAGAAAAAUACGGGGAAAACCUGGAAUGCAUAAUUUUACAACAGAAUCAGCAGAGCCACAGCCAGUGAUUGACGUUAAUGCAACAUUGACAGCUGAUAAUGCUGUCCAAAUUAAGUGCAAAAGUCAACAAGUGUACGGAGCAAAAAAAGUAUUUGAAUUGACUUGGGAAGAUGAUGGAACAAAGGUCGCCAAAGACAAUUAUUGUGAUUUUAAAAAAGAAAAUCUCUCGUACUUGAAAAACUACACAUUUACGAUCUUAGUGUUUAAUGGAGAUCAUAGAGGGCAGCCAGUAAAGAGGAGUAUAAGAACCAGAUAUAAUUCUAGAGCUCUGAUUAUAUUCUUGACAUUCUUGAUCAUUGUGACAUCAAUUGCUCUACUACUGGUUCUAUACAAAAUCUAUGAUCUUCACAAAAAAAAGCUUAGCAAUUCUUCUGAAGGCGUGAACCUUGUUGCAGUUAAAGAUGAUGACAGGCAACUUCUGAACAUAGAGCCAAUACCUUCAGAGCAAUUGCUGGACACAUACAAGAGGAAGAUUGCUGAUGAAGGAAGACUUUUCUUGGAUGAAUUUCAGAGUAUUCCUAGAGUUUUCACUAAAUUUUCAAUAAAGGAGGCCAAAAAAAGCUAUAAUCAGAACAAAAACCGUUACAUUGAUAUCCUUCCGUAUGAUCAUAACCGUGUUGAGCUCUCAGAGAUCUCAGGAGACCCAGGAUCAGACUAUAUCAAUGCAAGUUAUAUUGAUGGCUUCAAAGAACCAAGAAAAUACAUUGCAGCACAAGGUCCCAAGGAUGAAACCACGGAUGAUUUCUGGAGAAUGAUCUGGGAACAGAAGGCAACAAUUAUUGUCAUGGUGACUCGCUGUGAGGAAGGAAAGAGGAACAAAUGUGCCCAGUACUGGCCAUCAAUGGAGAAUGGCUCUGCAACAUAUGGGGACAUCAUUGUGAAGAUCAAUGAAAGUAAAACUUGUCCAGACUACGUCAUUCAGAAACUGCACAUCACAAAUGGAAGAGAAAGGACAGCUGGAAGAGAUGUCACUCAUAUUCAGUUCACAAGCUGGCCAGACCAUGGAGUCCCUGAAGAUCCGCAUCUCCUUCUCAAACUCCGACGCAGAGUUAAUGCGCUCAGCAACUUUUUUAGUGGCCCAAUAGUGGUUCAUUGCAGUGCUGGUGUUGGGCGCACCGGGACAUACAUAGGAAUUGAUGCCAUGCUGGAGGGGCUGGAUGCAGAAGGCAGAGUGGAUGUUUAUGGCUAUGUCGUGAAACUGCGUCGGCAGCGGUGCCUUAUGGUCCAAGUAGAGUCACAGUACAUCCUUAUCCAUCAAGCGCUAGUGGAAUACAAUCAGUAUGGGGAAACAGAGGUCACUCUCUCAGAACUGCAUUCCUAUCUUAACAACUUGAAAAGGAAAGAUCCUCCGAGUGAUCCUUCUCUGCUGGAGGCAGAGUUUCAGAGAUUACCUUCCUAUAAGGGGUGGCGUACACAGAACACUGGGAAUCGGGAAGAAAAUAAAAACAAAAACAGGAACGGUGACACUUUGUCUCAUGCAGAUGACUUUAACCGAGUGCCGAUUAGGCACGAAGAUGAAUGCAGUAAAGAGGGUGAACAUGAUUCAGAUGAUUCCUCAGAUGAGGACAGUGACUGUGAGGAAUCAAGCAAAUACAUCAAUGCUUCUUUCAUAACUGGUUACUGGGGUCCAAAAGCCAUGAUUGCAACACAGGGACCACUGCAGGAAACUGUCUCUGACUUCUGGCAAAUGGUCUUCCAAAGAAAAGUCAAAGUCAUUGUUAUGCUGACAGACCUGAAAGAAGGGGAUCAGGAACUCUGUGCACAGUACUGGGGAGAGGGAAAGCAAACAUUUGAUGACAUAGAAGUCCAAAUGACAGAUGUCAACUGUUGUCCUAGCUAUACCAUACGUGCAUUUGACGUUACACAUCUGAAGACAAAAGAAACACAGAAAGUGUAUCAGUAUCAGUAUCACAACUGGAGUGGUUUGGAUGUUCCAGAAAACCCCAAAGAUUUAGUCAGCAUGAUUCUCAAUCUUAAACAAAAAAUCCCAGCCAGACCAGUCACGGAGGACAACAGGAGUACUCGCGCUGUCCCCCUCCUUGUCCACUGCCGUGAUGGAUCACAGCAGACUGGUGUAUUUUGUGCUUUAAUGACCCUCUUGGAAAGUGCAGAAAUAGAAGAAGUAAUAGAUGUUUUCCAGGUAGUAAAAUCUCUUCGUCGCACCAGGCUGGGAGUGGUGUCCACAUUUGAACAUUACCAAUUUCUGUAUGACACCAUUGCCAGUAUCUACCCUGCACAGAAUGGACAAAUAAAGAAGAACAGCCAGCAGGAAGAUAAAGUUGAAUUUUGCAGUGAGGUAGAAAAAACAGAUCAGGAAACUGAUUUGGUCACUGUUGAUCUUACGCCAUCGACACCAGAGGAAAAAGAGCUUUCAGAAGUAUGUGGUGAUUCUAAAGCUGCAGACAGCACCAAGGGAACAGAAAGCUCUACAAAUGGCCCCACAACUCCAGUUCUAAAUUAG